CUCAUUUUUCCCUACAUCUUCCCUAUGGAAAGAUCGACCCAUUCCCAAUUUCGUAAAAGACUUUUCCUAUCAUAGUCAACUAAAACCCCAACUAUUAUAUACCAUUCGAUAGAGAAUUUCACGAGCUACAAAAUGGUAUAUAAAAAAUAAAGAAACAAGAACGUUGACUCACCUAUCACAAAGAUAAUUAAAGGGAAAUGGGUUCCGUUUUUGUCCACGAUCUAACUGACUCACAAUUCGAGCUCUAUCUUCCGAUCACAGUGAUGAUACUUCGAGGUUUUCUGAGAUGGAGAACUUGAAUCUGUAUUCCACUUCCACCGAAACACUAUUGGUUGAGCAGUGACCAAUAGAAAUCAAGUUAUAGGAAAAACGACUUUCGUUAGGGUAAAUCAAGGGGAAGAGUUCAAAUUUGAGAUGUAUUCGGUCCCAAGUCCUAUUGGUUUGGCAAUACCCAAUAGAAAUCAACAGUUUAGAGGAUAGGUUCCUCAGUAUAAUUUUGAUGUCCACACAUUCUAUGAUGGCUGAUUCAUCUGAUUCACUUUUUGAAGUGCACAUAACUCUCGGAUUUAAAUCGAAAGUUUCCGCAUUUAUUUAUUAAGUGAUUUAAAUGUAUAUUAAUACUAAAAGCAUUCAAAAAACAAAAAAAAAUAAAUAGAAUUCUUUUCUUCGUGUAGAGAAAAAUUUCUACUAUAACGAAAAAUUUUAAUAUCAUCUGAAAUUCUAAAAGCAAUCGAUUUGUUGAUGAUUGUCAUGUUUACCGCAAUAUUUUUCUUUUUAUUUACUUUAUACUAUUAGUCAGUAAAUAUAUAAUGUUUUGUUUUAUUGAGAAUUCGUCAUAGAUUUCUAUGACUCUUAUAGUGAAGUAGAAUACUAUAAGUAAAUUUAUCAAUUAAUUUAAAAAGAAAAAAGAGAGAAAAUAAUAAGUGCUUAAUAAAAUGCAACUAGAAACAUACAUAUGUAGACAAACGAUAACACUUUAUAUGUAUUUUUUUUUCUUAAAAAAUUUGAAAACAUAUUAUUAGUAGUCAAGGAAUUUCAAAAUUAAAAUAAAUGAUUUAGUAUUCACAUUAAUACUGUUGUAUAACUAUCUUAUAUAUUAUGAUAUACAAUUAUUUUUAUUAAAGAAUUUAUUUCAAGAAAACUAAAAUUCUAUCAAAUCUAUCCUAUAUAGAUAUAAACUCAUGAGUUGUAUAGAUUUUAUUUGCCAUUUUUUUCCUUUAAAUAUCAUCAUUUUUUAAACCUUUUUAUGUGAUGUAAUACAUUGAUUCAUUUUUAUUAUAUUAUAUUAAUCAAUAUAUUACAUUAUAAUCAGAGAUGUGCUUCAAAAAAAACCGUGGAGGGAUGAAAAACGUUCUUUUUCUAUUUUGUGAUCUUGUUUUUGAAUAAAAUGUAUGAUUUUCGCUGCGAAAAACUGAUAAUUUUUUUAACGUGGAGGGGUGCGCAUCCCCCGCACACCAUGGACCGCACAUCCCUGAUUAUAAUUUUACAUAAAAUUGGUAUUGUAUUUUGAAACAAGAAUAUUUAUCAUAACGUAUUAAAUUCUGAUGAAUUUAUAAAACAAUUUGAUUCAUCUAGUCUACUAAAACUCACAGCAUAAACAUAUAUAUAUCGACACAAUAAGAGUCGAUUUAUUUCAUUUUUUUUAAUCGAUUAAUGCUAAAACAGUAAUUCAGUGCUGAAACGUAAAAAUUCAUUCUUUACACGAAUAUUAUAUCGUAUAAAGGAGAAUAACAUUCAAAUGUUUUUUUUCCUAUUAUAAAGAAAGCAGAUUCGAGCUAAAAUAUAAAUCCAACAACUAUUCCAUAUAAUUUUCUUUUCUCUAAAUCGCUUAAAUCCUUAAUAAGAGCAAAGGGGGGGGGGGGGGGGGGGGAAAAAAAACAAAAAAAGAAAAAAAGUUGUGAAAAAAUAUGUUAAUUAAUUUUUUUUAGAAUUCGCAUGAAAGCAAAGCGCGCCUUAUGAAAAUUGUUUACGGCAGUAAAUCCCGCGGCAGUAAAUCCUGUACACGGGCCUGUAGCUUAUCAUGGUACUGCAACUACCAAUGCCAUAAAAAUUUUACGUAAUGGUUUAAUUGCUGGAGGUAGUAAUGGUGUACGUGUAGCUAAUGGUGCUGUUUAUGGACAUGGCAUAUAUUUAUCACCUAAUCCAUCACACGCCGGUAGUCAUAGUUACGCUAGACCUACACCAUACAAUGGUCGACAAUAUCAGGUUAUGUUUCAAAUGAGAAUUAAAAAUAGUUCUAUAGCGAAACAUAGUAGAAAUGUAUGGGUAUGUCAGAAUUCACAAGAUGUUCGACCUUAUGGAAUAUUAUUUAGAGAAACAUAA